AUGAGAGAAUUGCGUUCUCAGGUACCAGAUGAGGCCUUUCCUCGUUUGGUGGUUUAUGACCUUGGUUUAAGUGAUUCUCAGCGUGGGGUGUUAUCGAAUCUAAAGAAUAAUGAAUACCUGGAUGAAUGGGUUGAAUUUGACUAUGGGGCAUACCCUGCCUUUUGGAAUAUCAGUAACAACCGAGGCGAGUAUGCUUGGAAGACAGGAGCAGUGAAGGAUGUACAAGAGCGCCAUGGAGGUGUUAUUGUGUGGCUUGAUACGGGUGAUGUACCGAACCACAAGUUUAUUAUGACCAUGCCGGAUUACAUUCGUCGUCAUGGAUUCUGGUCUCCUCGCAGUACUGGGUUAAUGGGGCCUCGGUUCAAUCAUCCUGGACUGUUUAAAUACUUUGAAAUUGACCAGGCGGACUACGUUACGAAGGAGAACUGCAAUGGAGCAGCGCUUGGAUUUAAUGCUGAUGACCCACGUAUUUUGAAUGAGAUAAUCAAUCCGUGGUACGAGUGUGGACUUGAUCUGGCUUGUAUUGCACCGGCUGGAUCUUCUCGACGCAACCAUCGCCAGGAUCAGUCUGCAAUUAGCCUUCUAGCUCUCCGUGCUGGAUUCCGGUGUUUCGAAUACCCAGAGUUCCAUGGCGUCACUAUUCAUCAGGAUGACCAGUGUAAUGAGCGCUUAUUGAGACUCAACGAAAAGAAACAAUUGCUUCACCCCUCUUCAAUUGACACCUGA